AUGUCGUUAGAGGCCAGCAUUCACACGCUACAUUGGCAUGAUAACAAUCUUCCAGUAUACUCGUUAGAUAUCCAACCAUCUAAGGUCACGUCUGCUCAGAAAACUGUGAGAGUAGCCACCGGUGGUGGAGACAACAACGUGCGCAUUUGGCGUGCUAGCUAUACAGAAACUGGCGUAGAGUCAAUUCAAUAUCUGAGCUCGCUAACAAAACACACUCAGGCAGUCAAUUGCGUGAGAUUCGACCCAUCUGGAGAGUUACUAGCUAGUGCAUCCGACGAUGGAACUAUCAUGAUUUGGUCACUUUCAGAUAAAAUUAUCAAGGAAUUUGGGAAUGAAGAAGAUGACGUGAAGGAAAGUUGGUACCUGAAGACCUCGUGUCGGUCUUCUUCACUUUCAGAGGUAUACGACAUAUCUUGGUCGCCAGACUCGAAAUAUAUCUGCUGUGGAUCAAUGGACAACAUUACGCGUAUUUUCAACGUGUCUACAGGAACGAUGAUAAAACAAAUAGCCGAACAUAACCAUUAUGUCCAAGGAGUGACGUGGGAUCCGAGAAAUGAAUUCAUCUGUUCCCAAUCGGCCGACAGGUCUGUUCAUAUUUAUAAAAUUCUCAGCGACAAAGCUUCGGACCUUGUCCUUUCUCCGACCACAUUCUAUAAAAUAGUGCGUGCGGAAUUGCCUACAAAGAGUCUCACCAGUGAGAAUCUAAGCAAGAACCUAGAUGUUUCUUCCAUGGACCCUCCAUUACAAACACCACGUCAUAAGCGCACACAUUCAAACUCCUCAACGUCGUCAUCGCAUUCCCUCGCAAUGUCGAUCACUCGAUCAUCCAGUCCUCUUCCAGCAGUCAUGCCUGCAUCAUCUAAUGCCAUUUACAAGAACUUUCACCUGUACCACAACGAAACAUUACAAUCUUUCUUUAGAAGACUUUCAUUUUCUCCGGAUGGGAUGCUCCUUUUGACCACAAGUGGGAUUUAUAAGACAGAUGGCACAGAAGAGAAUGUAAAUACGGUUUAUAUUCACACGCGUGUUGGUCUCAAUAGACUGCCCGUGGCCCACUUGCCUGGAUUCAAGAAACCAGCCAUAGCGAUCAAGUUCAGUCCUGUCUUAUACAAGUUGAUCCCCGAUGAGCCUCGAGUCUUCAAGCUUGACUACCGCAUGAUAUUUGCUGUGGCUACUCAAGAUUCCCUGGUCUUGUACGACACUCAAAGACUGAAAGCCUUGGGAAUCGUGACAAAUAUUCAUUAUGCUGUGAUUACCGAUCUAAGCUGGUCUCCAGACGGUCAAUUGUUGAUGGUGUCUAGUGCAGACGGAUUUGUUUCGAGUGUGAAUGUGUCAAAGACUCUAUCGGGCGAGAUUGAGGCUUACAAUGGCAAAGAGUUUUUGAAGAAAAAACGCGAAAGCCUUGCUUCCACCCCAGCAACCCCUGGUACACCAGCACUGGCCUCCGUUCCCCAGCAAACGUCAAUCAUCGACAUGCUACAGAUGGAGCCAAUACCACCUCCUGAGAUUAUUGGGAAGCCGGGUGAUUCGGUCGAGGUGAUCGACAUCACCACUCCCCGUGCUUCAUCUCCCGGUCCAGGCCCUUCUCCUAAAAGACAGAAAAACUGA